CUCAGAACUAGCAACAAGGACAUGUAUAAUUUUCGCUAAUGUGAGUAGCCACCAGUAUAAGGAUGUCACAUGUGAAUAUCAUACAAAUGAUCGAAAAAGAGAAGGAUAGGGGUGGUCCUCAUACCUUUUGGGGCGGGAAAAACAGCCGCAAUAAUAAAAUAGAGGAAUCUGUAUUUGACAAUUGUUUAACCGGGGCUGUGGCGGAAUUAUCAGUGAAUGAUCAUCAGAGCAAAAUUUAUUCUAAAAGUAAAGAAUACUCCAAUGACAAACGUUUAAAAUGUGAACAAAUUGCUGUGCAAGACAUUGAAGAUUCGGAUGUUCUUCCGAAAGAAAAGAAAAAUAUUGAUGACUCAGAUGACUCUGAUGAAACAGAUUACUUUGAUAGUGAGGAUGAAUACUGGGACACUCUUAUAAAUAAGACCAUUGAGGACAAUACUUCUGCAUGCCUACACUGUCUUUCGUAUCAUCUACCCCGGAGUGUCAAGGAAUAUAAAACUUGUGCGUAUGAAGAAGAAUAUGAUAAGAUUCAAUGGUGUACACGAGCUUUUCAAGUGUUUGUCCAAGAAAACAACUUUGAAAUCCACGAUGUGUAUGGCGAUGGGAACUGUCUGUUUCGUGCUGUUGCAGAUCAGCUCACGAUAAACGGAUGUCCUGGACACACAGAAGCAUCAUUACGAAAAGCUGCUAUUCAGCAUCUAGAAAGCAAUCCCUCCAAGUACGGAGUACACUCCUCUUCCUUUUUAUCCGGAGAAACAUGGGAAUGUUAUCUGCAAAGAAUGAAAAAAACAGGCGAAUGGGGAGAUCAUAUUAUGUUACAGGCUUUAGCCGAUGUUUUCCUACUGCAUAUUAAUAUUUAUAACUUUGUUCACUCAGGAAACAGGCGUACUAAUAUUACUAUGGACCAGUCGCUUUCCGUUACGAUGAAAUUCAGUAUAGAUCUUGGUCAUGUAGGGGAGUCACAUUACUAUAGUCUUCGUCCCAUGAAUUGGCUUGCGGAACUUCCAUUCAAGGCUCAAAUAUUUCGAAUGUUAGUGACAAACAUGGAAAAAACACCGGAGGAAAGAAAACGAAUCGUAAAGAAAAAGUUUGAGCAAAUGGCUAAAGGUUGUUUUCCAGAGUCCUAUUUAGCUGAGUCCCUUCAAUUUGUAUUACAUUGGUUUUCACUUCAGAAAGACCAAAAAGGUGCACAGAAUACCCUAUUCAAACCUGUUUUCAUAACCUACAACGGAAGCGACCUACAACAGGAAGAAACAAGAGAAUCUCAGAAAAACCUUACUGGUGAUCAAUCUUAUGUUGAUCCUGUUUCCGGAAUUCCUUUGCAUCAUUUAACAUUUAUCACCAAGCAUUUAUUUCCUGUUAACAUGUUUCGCAAGCAGUUACUUGUAAAUGGACCAGUGAUUCGUACUGAAGACGUUUGCUAUCAUUUUCUAGGAUCGCAAGCUGACGAAAGCUUAGCAAAGCUACUAGAUCUUACCAGAAACCAAAGGCAAAAGUUUGAAAAUAAUAAAAUCGUCGUCUUAAAAUCAAAAACAUUGGCGAUCUUUCCAAAUGAACCUGUCAGAUAUCAGCUUAUCCCAGGACACCAAGGUCUCUAUGUUGAUUGUUCUAAAACAAACCCGGGAUAUUGUAGACUUAGAAUUUCUAGUAAUAAUACAAAAGAUAUAGGGGGGAGCAUGUUUCAAAAAGCAUUCACAGUUCCCGCUUGCACUUCAUCUAUCAUAAAAAUUCCGGAUGCCGAAAUACAUUGUCUAGGGGUACUUUGUUUAACAUUUCCGUUUUAUCAACGUUGGGAAGAAUGUAGAAAACGUUUUGAUUUCCCCUCUCGAGGUCUUGUUAGUUCUAUCACUGAAAUUGGCUGUACUCUAAUUCCAAAGUCACAUCCGAAAAGUUCUUCACCGGAAAUUGAAUGGCAAUUUGAUUUUUCCAUGGCAGAACACUUCAUGUUUAGAAGUCUAACGCAAGCACAGCUUCACUGUUUUUUUGUUGUGAAACUACUAGUUGAGACUAUGGCACAAGACUUUUAUUUCGAAACCAAGCACCUUAAAUCAGUUUUUCUCAUGGCUUGCGAAGAAAUGCCCAAUUGUGUCUGGGAGACCCAUUUUAGUGGAUGUGUAUUGUAUGUAUUGGACUGUUUGCUCUCAUGCUUGAGAUCAAGGUUUCUUCCAAACUAUUUCAUACCAGAAAACAAUCUCAUAGACUGUCAUAAAGAAGAAGACAUGAAUACACUAUGCACUAUAAUUGAAUAUGUACGUUUGUUUCCUGCAAAUGUCAUUGAAGUUGCUGCAGAGAAAUAUGGAUAUUUGUUUGGCUCAAAUCUAAUCAAAAGUGUUUUGUCAAAUGCCAAAGAAUUUACAAAAAAGAAAAAUAUAAAUGAAAUAUUCUAUAACUUAUUUGGUCCACUAACAAUUGCAGCAGCUAAAAUGUUUGCUAAGAUGGGUUUCUAUGAUGUAUCGCUUGAAAUUCUCAAGGAGAGAUAUGAACAAACCCUUCUGAUACCAGAUGUAGGAAUGAGACAAACAUCAGUUUGUUUUUCCGAUGUAUUUAUGUCAGCGCUAUUGGAAAUAAAACAAAAACCAUCCCGCGUAAUAUUGUCGAUGUUAUUCGACCAAGAAAUGGGAUCUAAAGUAUCUGAUGCGGUUUUUAAAACAAAAACAUUUAAUCUACAAACAUUAUUACCAUGGACAGUUGAUAAAAAGAUAGGCUGGCUGACUGUUCCUUCUUCACAUACCGACGAUUUGCCUUCAAUUGCUAGUUUUCUGUAUGAUUAUAGUAAGAAGGAAUAUUGGAGGAGAAAUGUAGUACUUUCGAAAUUAGCCAUAACGACAGCAAUACGAUGUAUUCAAGAAACAUUAAAGAGUGAAACACUCUUUGCAGAUGACAUCAGUGAUAAUGGUUUAAAAGCAGAGGUGGAUGCCCAAACAAUAAUGGUAAAGAAAAAGUUAAUUCCAUACUACGUUCACUUAUACAGUGUUUCAAGGAUAGAAUAUUCAAUAUUUCCCUUGAUUAAUCAUAUGGCUGACAUUGAACACCUUUGCAACGAAUUCCCAGAAAUGACAUGUUUGGUCAGCUCUAUGUUUCAAUAUACGAGGCAACCAGAGAAGGAAAGAGAAUAUUCCAGAAAAAUGCGAGUUCACUUUUUAGGGGAAGAUAUGAAAAACAUACCAGAAAGAAGAACUCAUUUGCACUGACAGCCAGUACAAAGACAUCAUUUUCAGCUCUUUAAUGUUCACUCAACAUAAACUUUAUAAAUAGUUGUUGUCC